CGUUUUAUUUCAUGUAGCCAUAGGCCUCUAACACCGCUUCCUUACAAGAGGGAGCACAGCGAGCCACUGGGAGGUCACAGAUACCCAGACUUCACAGCAACUCUCACUCUCACAGAAACUUGGAAACGUGGACAAACCCAAACGUCUCCUCGCCGUUACCCAGCUGCAGCCCAGACAGCACUGAAGAAGAAACUUUUCUGCAACUUUUUUUCUUCUUUUUUUCAGAAAAGCAACUAAUCAAAGCGAACUAAACCCCAACUGGAGGUGGGAUAUCGAGGUGGGAGCUCUUUGUUUUGUCUUUUCCUGCAGCUUCAUCCUCUCAAAGAGUCGCCGCUCCACCACCACCACCACCACCAGCAGCAGCAGCACCUGCAGACAUGACGCGAAGGUCCUGCGCUAUUUACGCGGUCGGGAUCAUGUGCGCCUCCCUGCUGGUCUUCGGGAUCGGCUUGUUCUUGUCUCACAUUUGCCGCAAUUACAUGCUCAACCGCCUCAAAAAGGAGAUCGUGUUGGUGGAGGGAAGCCGUGUGUUCGACUCAUGGAAGGCCCCUCCCCCUCCGGUCUUCAUGGAGUACUUCUUCUUCAACCUGACCAACGAGAAAGAGUUCCUCGAAGGGGCCAAGCCUGUGAUCAAGCAGUCGAGCCGUUUCGUCUACAGGGAGUACAGGUAUAAGGACAACGUGAGCAUGAUAGAAAGUGAAAAAAUGGUGUCGGCGUACAACACGAAAAGCUUCGUGUUCCUGCGAGAGAGGUCUGUGGGUGACCCAGCUGUGGAUAACAUCACCACUGUCAACAUCCCCGCUUGGGCUGUAAUGGAAAAGGUGAAAGGGACCUUCUUCAAGGCCCCCAUGGUGGCCGUCUGGAUGAACUCUCUCAACUCCGGCCUCUUCACGACGCGCACAGUGGAUGAGUUGCUUUGGGGCUACGAGGACCCCCUUCUGGUUCGCGUCUCCUCCACCAACCCUGACGUCGAGACGACCUUUGGCCUCAUGUACAAGAAAAACGGGAGUAAUGAUGGGGAGUUUAUCUACCACACUGGAACACAGAACUACAUGGACUAUGGCCGGAUCAUAACAUGGAAAGGUCAAAGCAAGCUGGAUUUAUGGAGGUCUGAGUAUAGCAACAGCAUUAAUGGAUCAGAUGGGAGUGCGUUCCAUCCCCUGCUGGAGAAGGAUGAACGCCUUUACAUCUUCACUCCAGACCUGUGCAGGACAAUCUACAUGGAGUUUGAGAAAGAGGUGGAGGUGAAAGGACUCCCAGCCUACCGCUUCACGCCACCGCACUCUGUUUUGGCCAGCAAGGAGGAGAACCCGGACAACGAGGGCUUCUGCGUCACCCCGAGGGAGUGCCUGGGAUCGGGCCUCCUCAAAGUCAGCCCCUGUCGGAAAGGUGCCCCGGUCGUCGCCUCCUUUCCUCACUUCUACCUGGGCGAUCCUAAAUACGUGGCCGCCUUUGAUGGCUUGUCCCCCGAGAGGGCUCACCACCAGACGUAUCUGGACAUCAACCCGACAACUGGAGUGAUUGUACGUGCAAGCAAAAGAGCACAAGUUAACGUCUUGAUCGGCAAAUUAUCUGGAUUCCCAAAUACAAGAGUCUUGAAUGACACCAUCUUUCCUGUAAUGUUCAUCAACGAGAGCGUGGUGAUUGACGACGCGUCCGCAGCCAAAGUGCACAAGCUGCUCCUGAUCGUCACUCUGGUGUCCAACUUCCCGCUCGUGAUUGUGGGACUUGGCGGCAUCCUGCUCGUCGUCUUCAUCAUCCUUCUGGUCCGGGCCCGCAAACAAAAGAAUGAAGUUAAGCGCAUUGUGUUUUCCAAGGCUCUCUAUGCUAAGACCGCUGAAGAAGACACCUCUUACUCUCCGGUCAAUGACAAGGAGAAGGACGACCCCCAGAAUGGGACCUACAUAGGCCUGACUCCUAAAGGCGACCCACAGGCUUGAGGACGGGGCUUUGUGACGUCGGGUGGGUGGGUGGGUUAGCUGAUUUAGGGGGGGUAUACGAGUGGGGUUUUUAGCUUCAAACAUGGUGCACUACAUGUUAGGUCUGAUCUCUGAAGAGCCGCCUGAGCACAGUGUAUUCCCAGAGAAAGGUGUUCUUGAAAACGCCGCUUCUCAGCUGCUGCGGUUUUUUUUUUUUUUUUUUUUUUUUUUGAGCCACUGAAGACGGAAAGCGCACUUUGUAGUGUUUCGAAAACAAACACGCCCUCUUUAAAUCCGACACGCGGGAUGCAUCGCAUCAUCAUCAUCAUCAUCAUCAUCAUCAUCAUCAUCUGUUUGGCUGGAUCUGGAUUCUUCUUCCUGAUAUGAACUUUUGGGUUAUUUAGUGAGCAGGAAAAGGAAAUCCCAUAUUUUUUUUAUUUUUUAUCAUUCAUCACUCUCAGGGGGCCUUUCCUUAGAAGCAGGGAGAGAGAAGGAGAAAGUAUUUUAUUCAGUAUUACUAUGUCUCAUUCGUCCUAAAUGUAAAGUUACAAAACAUUUCCAUGGCUCAUCCUUAUUUUCACUAUAUUUAGAGGGAAACCUGUGCACAUCAUGUUUGUAUAUACAGUAAACAUACAGAGUAAGGCAUGUAGAACUGCUUACAUUCCUCUCAGUGCAUGACGGGGAUGGACACCAGACAAACCGCUGUAUAUUUUGGAUACUUUAAUUUUUGUAAAGUAAGACUUCAAUAGUUUCUUUUUCUUUUCUUUUUAUUUGUAAAUGUUAAUAUAGAAAUGUUUUAAUUGAGAUCAUCUCAAGUUAGAGCGUCACAAGUAUAUUUGCUUUUCUUUAUGGAUAGGGCGGGAUGUUUCGUUUUCUGCUUGAAAACCCUGAUUCUUUCAUUGAGUCCCGAUGAACUCGUGUGCCUAUACAGUAUUUGUGCCUUGAAUAACUGCUUCCACUAACCGACAGCGCCAUAUCAUAUCAGUACGCCUCGCGUUUUAGAUGCUGUGCCUUAAAAAAAAAAAAAGGAUAAAUGUUACCGGACUUCUCCUGACGCGGAUGCCGCAUCAACAAAUCCGCUCUCAAGUGCAUAUUGUUUUUUCAAACUAUCCAACAAAAUAAAUUGAGCGUUUUUCUUUUUUUUUUUUCUUUUUUUUUUUUUUACUGUACUGCUAACGGAGUCAAAUUGAACUGUGAAAAUGCUCUGCUGGAACAGCGGGGUCGUCGUGCAGGGGAUUUCUCACUCAAUGCUCGUGGCGAGAAUGUUGUAUUUCAGGUGCCAUGCAUAAGUUAUCAUGCUGAAUUAUUCAAUUGAAACUGUGAUGAGUUAUUUUUUUAUUGUCUCAAAGAUUUAUGAGUUAUUUCUCGCCAGCUCAGUACAAGCACUGUGAUAAUCCGCAAUGAAUAUAAUCGGACGAUAGUGACGUGAUUCUUUCCUUCUUCAUUUGAUUUCACUGUCCGAUGCUUACUUUAAUUCACUUGUGUACAAAUAAGACCUUAUGAAAUGUAGUAGGAAAUUUAUGAGAGAAAUUGUGAAUGGGUAGAUUUAAUGUCUGAUGAAAACAAAAUACAGUGUUACACACAAAACUGCAUAAAUUAUUUUGCCACUGACAAAAAAAACAAACAGGACGCACCCAGUGGACAGUACACUGUGCUCCUUUGUGCCAUACUUUGAUUACAGAUUAUUUUUGAAAUGAUUGUUUCUGCUAUAACCACAUAUUCUUCUAGCUGUCAGCCUGUUUUGAAACGUUGACUGUUGAUACUUUCUGUUGCUCUGUACACAAAAAUAAAAAGUAGUUUCAGUACA